AUGCCGCGCCUCGCCCUCUUCCGCCUGCCAACCAAGCUCCGGCGCCAAGUACGCCGCAAUAGAAUGGCCACCCUCACGCUGCUGGGCAUCCUCGCGCUCCUCCUCAUCUUUCCCAUCUACUCGAUAUACUGCAUAUACAAGCCGCCCAAGGCGCUGAUAGGCUACCUGCGCCAAAAGUACCCAGACGUGCUCUUCGAGGUGACGACGGAUGAGAAGGUGGUGGCCCUCUCGCUCGACGACGCGCCGUCAGCGCACACGGGCGAGAUCAUGGACGUGCUCAAGGAGCACGGCGCCCACGCGACCUUUUUCGUCAUCGGUGCGCAGGCCGACGGCCGGCAGGAGACGCUGCGGUCGCUGAUACGCGAGGGCCACGAGCUCGCCAACCACGGCAUGCACGACGAGCCCGCCAACAAGCUGGGCAUGGACGAGCUCGAGAGGCAGGUCGGCGAGGUCAAGGCGAAGCUGGUGGCCGCAUACGAGGCCGAGGGGAAGAUUCUGCCCAACAACUACUACCGCCCGGGCUCCGGCUUCUUCAACUACAAGAUGCGCGACAUGCUGGGCAACAGGGGCUACCGCAUCACGCUGGGCAGCGUGUACCCUCACGAUCCGCAGAUUCCGUACCCCAAGAGGAACGCCAAGCACAUCCUGAGCAUGGUGCACCCGGGCGCCAUUGUCAUUUGCCACGACAGGCGGGAGUGGACGGCGCCCAUGUUGAGGAUGAUUUUGCCGGAGCUGAAAGAGAAGGGGUACAAGAUUGUUACUAUAAGCGAUCUUGUCAAGAUGGUUGAGCCGCUGGGCGGGCGGUAG